GCUGUUGUAGGUCUGAGCGAACCCGCAAUGCUACACUGUUCACUAAAAUGAAGUAGCGCUACCAUCAUAAUUGAUACACACGUCAUCGAGUGGUAUUAGCAUUGUCGUCGACUUAUAUAACAAAUCUCUGCGACGCUUCGGUUAUCGCGAAAGCUUCGCUUCCACACCUCAAUUCAUUGAAUGAAGUUUUAGCUUCCAUUAGCAUUUGUUUGGUUUUCGCUCAGAAAAUUCACGCAUACGUGUCUCUUUUUGGACGCAGUUGGCACACAUUUAAACAUUUCUGCAGAAGAACGGUGACGAGCUGGCGCAGGUUGCAGGGUGUUCGUGGAUAAUGCGAGACAGUGGCGGUAGCCUGGCCCAGAACCGCUGGCAGGGAGACCUGGGUCUGACUGCCGUGGGGCAAAACGACGCAGGAGGUGGAAUUCCAGGAGAUCAUCUCAUUGACCCAGUGUCUGGCCACAGCAUCUCCAGUCCUAUGCACCUUCGACUGGGGCAGAAAGAACAAGUUUGGAGGGGGGAGUUUGUGGGAGAUGAUGAUGAAGAUGGGAUUGGCAAGAUCGAAGCAAUAGAUGAUGAUGAGGAGGAGGAGGUAGAGGAGAAUAAUCUGGAUGGUGAUGAUGAGGCAGAGUUUGAAGAAGGCUGGGAUGAUGAGGAAGGAGAUGAUGAUGACGACGAUGAAGAAGAGGAGGAGGAGGAGGAAGUAGAAGAUGGCGGGGAGAUCCAUGAUGUAGAGGAGGUGGAGGAGGAAGGUGAUCAGGAAGACGUUGUCUGGGACGCCCCUGAUUUUUCAUCUCCAUCUAGCAAGUCAAUGCAGUCUCAACACCAUUAUGAAGCUGUGCGUCAAGUGGAGGAUGUCCAGGAUGCUGAUGCAGAAGUUGGCGUGUCGCCGGCUAAACCUAGGCUCUUGUUAAAGUCGCACCUCAGCAAGUACAGAGUUCUGAAACGGCUCAAGGGCUGGAGACGCUUUCAAACCCAACGAGGCCUUCGACUCACCCACAACUGGAAGAGUUGGCGCCAAAAGGCGCAGUGGAUUCACUCUGCCUGGCGACGCUACAACCAGCAUGGAAAGCAGAGAAAGUUAAAAAGAUAUCGAUAUGCAGAUGGUGACGAGGAGAGAUUCCCCUCAUCUGAGAGAGAUAAACAAACAAAUGGAUACUCAUUCGACAGACAAGUAGAGCAUGCAAGACGGGAGGUGGAGAGCAGGCCUGCCGAGCUGACGCUGACUGAGGAGCAUGUGAGCUGUGUGUCUGGUAUUCUUGAGGAGUCUCUGCGGCAGUACGGAAGUUUGAUCCCGAUCCAUGUGGAUGAUAUUAUAGAGAAGCUUCAAGAUAUCUUCACCGAGAGUUUCUCCCAGCCUUACAGGAAAUCAGUAGUGCAGCAUCUAUUACAGUCCUACCAGCGUGCCUCUGGCUCAGCUUUGGCUAAAACCUUCCGAGUCAACUACAAGCGUCACGUCCUGACCAUGGAUGACCUGGGAACACUGUACGGGCAAAACUGGCUCAAUGACCAGAUCAUGAACAUGUACGGUGACCUAGUGAUGGACGCUGUGCCUGAGAAGGUUCACUUUUUCAACAGUUUCUUCUAUGAUAAACUACGAACAAAAGGGUAUGAUGGAGUGAAGAGGUGGACGAAAAAUGUGGACAUUUUCCAGAAGGACCUGCUCUUGAUCCCGAUCCACCUGGAGGUUCACUGGUCGCUAGUCAGCGUUGACAUUCCUCGCAAGGCCAUUACUUACUUUGACUCCCAACGGACCCUCAACAGACGCUGCCCAAAGCACAUUUUUAAAUACCUGCAGGCGGAGGCGAUCAAGAAAGACCAACAGGAUUUUCUGACUGGCUGGAAGGGCUUCUUCAAAAUGAAUGUGGGUCGCCAGAACAAUGACAGCGACUGCGGAGCCUUUGUUCUCCAGUACUGCAAGUGUCUGGCGCUGGCUCAGCCCUUCAGCUUCGGUCAGCAGGACAUGCCGCGCCUGAGGAGACAAAUGUACAAAGAACUCUGUCACUGCAAGCUCAGCCUGUGAUCCCAGCAAGACCCACUCCCACCAAGACCGCAGUAGUCUGGAGAGUUGGGAUGGCAGCGAAGGAUAAACUGAGAAGAACCCCAACUUUUCAAAACAAACGAACUCCCACACAGAGAAGAGACUUGACUGUUGUUGGUGUUUCACGUUUUCUCUACACUUUUUGAACAUUUUGUUUCCAUGUGACAGUUAUUCCUUUUUUUUUGUUUUGUUUUGUUUUUUUUGGUUGACGAAGGCCAACGGUUGCUUCUGCGCUCAUCUGUGGGUUCAGACCCCUGAGACUCUCUGGACAGUGCAUGCUGAGGUCAUAUUUGGAAAAGCACCACUGCAUUGAUUGGAACUGUGACGCUGUGUUGGAGCAGCUUUCGGUUCCUCCGCCUUCAUCUGUCGUCCUGCAGACACAACUGCAGCAUCUGAUUCAAGACUGCCCAGAGGCUCCGGGUCUAACUGAGCUCUGCUGGGUACAGUGCUAGUGUCGGCCUCAGUUUUGGGAGCACAAAGACGCUUCACUGCUUCAUCUUCAAACAAUGGAUGAGGCGUCAGCUCGGUACUAGGUUCUGUUGCUCGUGUCUCUUCUGACGCUCUAAAUGUGAGAUGUGGUGCCACAGGAGCUUGAAGUAUUUAAAAAGCGUGUAUAAAGAGACAGACUUCACUCCUGAACAGCCAGUGUUAUUAUAGCAACUAAGCUACUGUUAUCUUCUGUGUGCUGAUCUGUCCACCAACGUGUUGCUUUGCUUUUCGCUUCAAACAAACUGUAAUCAGGAGGAUGCCUGUUAUGUUCAGAGAAAAUCCUCCAGUUUUUGUAAAGUUUUUUUUUUUUUUUUUUUGAGCCAUUGGUGCGAGGACAAGAGGGCGCAGGGCGGUCUGGUCAAGUGACGUGUCCUCUUCAAUUCUUUGUAUUCCAAGCCACACAUUUGAUUAUGUGUAUUUGCUUUACCCCCUUUUUUUAAUGAAAAAUGAUGCAACUGAGUUGACAUUUUUAUAUAUCUUCUACUGCGCAUUAAUGGUUGCAAAAAAAAUUAAACAAAAACUCAUCGUGGCAAAGAGCUUUGUGUCCUGAGAGUAAAUAUCACUUCUCCCUCACAUCCUACUGCUAAAUGAUCCACAGCUGCUGGGAGGAGGCCUCACCUAGAUCCCACAAUCCUUUGCAAUGAGGACUGAAUUUGUUGCCUAAAAAUCCAGUUUUGUCCACUGCCUCUUUUUUUAUUUGCAUUUAGACUUCAAUAAUGUUUUGUGGGAAUAUGCAAAAUUAAUUUUAUUUCAGAUGGGAUCAGGCCAGAGUGGGCAAGCAUCAGUGUGAUGAGAUCCAUAAGUGAACCAGCAACCAAGUUCUAGCUUUGGGAACCGUCGUCAUCCCUUGACCAAAGUCAAGAGAGAAAAAACUUGAGCAAAGAACUAAGUCAUUUCUGCAUCACCUCUAACAUUUUAAUGAUAGAUAAACGGCAGUGAAGAAUCACUGUUAAAGAUGGCUGUGGUGGGUUUUGGGAAUAGAAGCUCUCUUUUGGAGCUUUUGGACUGUAAAUACGGCUUUGAAAGUUGAUCAACGCGAUCAGCUUUCAAAGCCGUUGAAUAGACUGACUGGCUCAGUUAGAAGAUGUCCCACCGUAGUUACCUCACUGGGGUUCCAAGCCAUGACCUUCUCAACUUGACAACUUUCCUCAUAUUAUCUUCAGGUGUGGUCUCUUGAGGAAGAUACACUGAUAUCCACCAACAGGAAGGUUGGUGGAGCUGCUGCAGAGACUUGACGUAUCAGACCGCGUCUUAAACUGAUGGAGUCCGGCAAUAAUAUACAGCAUAUCGUUUUCAUUUCUUUUCAGGGGUCUGUAUGCAGAUUGGGUCCGCAUCUUUUUAUUCUGAGUUUUCAUUUAGAACGUCUAACACAGAAUCUACAAAGAGGGAUUGAAUCAUACAAAGAGAGAACAGAACUUUGUUUUAACAUUUUUAGAACGCACAGCCGACCUUUGAUCAAAUGGAAGCACAGAUGUGAUC